CCACAGACACUGAGGCCAGGUGAGAGGGCUGUGGCACCUGGGCUGUGCUGCCUGGCAGCUACCGAACUGCAGAGACCCAGAGCGAAGGUUUACUGCCUCCAACGAAGGUCAGCCUGAGGCCAGGAGUGGGUAGGGGGAGCAGGACUGGGUCAGGGACCUCCAGGCAACAAGAAGAGGAGAGCACAACCUGUCCAGUACCGGGUACCAGACGGGAUUUUGCACUCCCUCCAAAGCCUGCGGAAUUGGUUGGGAGCAAGGGCUCCAUUAGAGGGACUCUGAACUUGGGGAAGAUAUAUACUUUUUAAGGACACGAGUUUCUCUGGAACGACUCCAGACCAGGGAGACUUCCAUUUUAAGGAUACCGGGUUUGGGGAUCAAAAACGUUUAACUUUGGAGAGGAGAGCGUGUGGGACACCCUCCUAAGGCUUCCUCCAACCCCCCAUGGCGCUACCAAGCUCACAGGAUCAGGUCUGGAGCCUGGAACCUCCCACUCCCAUGGCUCCGACCUCCUCGUCCUCGGGCUCCCAGGAGCGGGAGAGAACGGGGAGCCCAGUGGUCUCCGGAGCGGUUCCCUUGGAGAAGGUGAAGCGACCCAUGAACGCGUUCAUGGUGUGGAGCUCCGCUCAGCGCCGCCAGAUGGCGCAGCAGAACCCGAAGAUGCACAAUUCGGAGAUCUCCAAGCGCCUGGGCGCGCAGUGGAAGCUGCUGGGCGAGGACGAGAAGCGGCCCUUCGUGGAAGAGGCUAAGCGGCUCCGGGCGCGGCAUUUGCGCGACUACCCCGACUAUAAGUACCGGCCUCGGCGCAAGACCAAGAGCUCCGGCGCCGGGCCGCCCCAUUUCGGACAAGGAAGCAGCAGCGUAGCUGGCGGCGGGCCAGCCUGGGGGCCCGGGUACAUGACCAACCAAGGGAGCAGAGGCUUUGGGUACCAGCCCCCAAACUACUCGACAGCCUACCUGCCUGGCGGUUACAGCUCUUCCCACUGUAAACCAGAGGCCCCCUCACCAUGCUCGCUCCCUCAGAGUAACCCCAGGAUCCAAGGGGAGCUGCUCCCCCACUAUAGCCCCUACCUACCCCCAGGCUCUCCCACUCCAUACAACCCUCCCCUUUCAGGGGCCCCCAUGCCCCUAACCCACCUCUAACCCUCAUGGACAUGGACCUCCCAGGAAGGGCUCCAUCCUCCUUUUUUACCCAGAACCCACCCCCCAUCCCAUUCUCAGGCUGCAAACUCCUCUUUAGAACUGUGAUGGACCACACAGUUCAGAGGCCUGCAGUCGCCCCCAAGAAUGCCAGGGGGAGCAACACAACACUUAAUAUUUUUUGUAGGACGAACACAGUUUUGUAUGAUUAAA